GGUCCUAUUUUCUUUUGUUUGGUGUUUCAUUUUCGCCAUGCCUGAGCCCGCCAAGUCCGCUCCGGCCCCGAAGAAGGGCUCCAAGAAGGCCGUGACCAAGGCGCAGAAGAAGGACGGCAAGAAGCGCAAGCGCAGCCGCAAGGAGAGCUACUCGGUGUACGUGUACAAGGUGCUGAAGCAAGUGCACCCAGACACGGGCAUCUCUUCCAAGGCCAUGGGCAUCAUGAACUCGUUCGUGAACGACAUCUUCGAGCGCAUCGCGGGCGAGGCGUCGCGCCUGGCGCAUUACAACAAGCGCUCGACCAUCACGUCCCGGGAGAUCCAGACGGCCGUGCGCCUGCUACUACCCGGGGAGCUGGCUAAACACGCGGUGUCCGAGGGCACCAAGGCGGUCACCAAGUACACCAGCUCCAAGUGAGUUCAUCUUAACUCACUCCUAACCCAAAGGCUCUUUUCAGAGCCACUCACCUUACUGAAAGAAUGUUGCACUUUGAGUUUGCUUAGAAAACUAAAGACUAAAGGAAGGUGACAAUUCAAGAGGUUCGGUGAAAUGCAUGCCUAAGGGCCGAGUACAGACAGCACUUACUGCUUUUGAGUACAGUGCUCCGUAAACUUUUUUUCCCCUUUGGAUUAGUUUACCAAAACUGAAAGUUACGCUCAUCUUUACAGUGUCCUGAUUUGUGGCUUCGCUAGCCAAUCAGGGCGUUUCGCGGGCAGUUUCAAAAUUAAGCGCCAGAGAUAGUCGCGUUUGUUUUCCCAUCAUUCUUGGGGUUCUUCCUGCUCAGUGUUUCAACUGUUUCCGGUACUUAGGACAAAUUUUAAAAAGGAAAAAUCAGAAAGCCUUUCCCUGCUCAUUCCGUAGCCUCACCUUGGAUAAUAAAAACGGGCUUUUCAGUUUAAAAUAUGCAAUAGCUUAAUUGAAACAUUUUAAAUCUUUUCUGGAAUUUACAUGAAAAUGCUUCAAGUUUAUUUUGCUCAAUUCUUUUAGUAGUACAUUUUUAUAUGAUUAAUGUAUUCUAGUGACUCCCAGAUGUUCUCAUUCUGAGCACAUAAGCAAUGGGAGAUAAUUUUGAAUUUUUAAGGGAUAUGGCAUUCUUUCAGACAAACUAGUAGAAAUAGUUACAUGUUCCUUUAUUUUCUUUAAAUGAACUAAUUGGGGUAAAUUAACAAUGCAUGUCAUACACAGAAGAAAACAGCUGAAUAAAUUAUUUAAUUUCAGAGUCGUGUUUCAGGAGGUCCACAUAACAAUAAAUAGCAUUUAAUAAAAUCAAAACCAAGUUAGUUUUGAAGUUCACUUAGAUACGUCUGUGAUUGCAAACUUUAAUAAUAUUGAUAAAGGAAAUGUAAAAAUGUUACGCAGAAACUACUUUAACAAUAAGUUCGGCUCAGAUGACUGGGAAGCACAGAGCCUUUGAAAUCUCUUUUUGGGAACAAAUUUGCUUGUGGGUGUCUGACUUAAUUUGUCAUCUUCGUUGUCAGAAACGAUAUAGUAUACAUACAAUAGAAAGGGAAAGAACCUGAGUAAAAAUUCUAAGCUUCAUAUUUUUCAUAAAGAAAAAUUAAUGAGAACCUAGUUUCUCUAAGUAGUCUUGUUUUCUUUUAGUAGGAGGAGGAAGAGAAGGUACUGAUAGAGGCCAAUAAUAUGGCUCAUGGAUUCAGGUUUGAGCUAAAAUUAUGUGUGAAAGAUCAGGAUUAAGAAGAGGAAAGGACUCAGCUUAUGUGGGAAGCAAGAGUACAAAGGCUUUCUUUUUAACCAUAUUGUACCAUUACAGUGCUGAUUACAAAAUAAAUAGUACAUAAGGUACCAAAUAUAGGGCUGGAGAGAUGGCUCAGUGGUUAAGAGUACUGACUGUCCUUCCAGAGGUCCUGAGUGCAAUUCCCAGCACAUGGUGGUUUAUAACCAGCUAUUUGAGAUCCGAUGCCCUCUUCUGGUGUGUCUGAAGAGAACAACAGUGUAGUUGCAUACACAAAAUAAACAAGGACUUUAAAAAAAAAGGUAUCAUGUCUUGUUUUUCUUUUGUUUUUCUUUUUUUUUUUAACUGAACAAAAAGUAGUUUUUUCUAUUACUAAUUGAUCCUUUUCCCAGAAAAUAAAUGAGAAAAACAUGAUGACUGGUCAAGGAAAUACUUGCUGGAGUAGGAAGGCAGUAGACUGCCAUAAUUAUACAAGCAUCCUCCUUUUUUCCAGGGAUGUCUGGCAAGUGUAUUGUCCUGGCCUGAUGUUAAUUCAGCAAAUCUUCAUUUCCCCCUUUUCUGUUUAACGGUACUUUGUAAUAUAAUGUUGAAUAAAGACGAUCGAUGUUGAAUUACUUUUUUGAUGGUGGGAGAGGUUUUUUGGUCAGACUAUUAAAAAAAUAACAAAAACAAAUAUAACAUAAUCAAUAUAAACACUCUAGGAUAGGAAGAGCUUGCAAUCUUAAAUCGAUCCAAUGCAUUUGACUUAACCAAAGCACCAGUAAUAAACACUUACCAAUAAUUUA